CCUGGCCGACCGCCGGCUGGCAGGUCGAGCGCGAUCGUGAGAUCGCGAGGACGCCCGAGGACGAGAUUCCUCGCGCGAAUUAUAUAGAUCUGCUAGAGAACGCCGCUGAAUGUGUUCCUGUCUUGUCUGUCUGCUCGAUCGAUACUAACUCUACUUCCUUCGUCAUCGUUUUUUUAUUCUCCGCCUCUCGCCGCGUCAGUUGAACAGUGGCAGGAUCUUGUAGUGUAAGAAAACACUUGAAUUGGAAAUAAUUGUCGAUUUUGUCAAAGAUCAACAUCAAAGCGAUACUGGCUAUCGACGUAACGCAGUGUCGUAGUUUUCUCUUUCCUUCGAAUUGGAUGCACCAAAUUGAAAAUGCUUCUAUAGAGUGAAAGUACAAAUAUUAAUAAAUAUGUAACUGAAUUUUAUUUGAGAAUCAGAUGAAAAACUCGGAACAGAAAGAUUUCUGUAAGAGAUUCUACUUAAUCAAUUAUCUCAACCGAGCUUUGAUGCAGCUGAAUGUUCAGACAAAUAUUUUGAGUCACAGUAAAAAAAAAACAUUUCAACGAAUUUUCUGUCUGGUCCCCGUUCAGUUAUCUGAACUGGAAUUUUUUUCUGUCUACCUUACACAGUUGAAUUAAUUGUUAGAGUUAGAGUCAUAACACAACAUUUCCCUUGUGCCACUGUCGACUGCGCCGCGAAAGGUUCCAGGAUUAGCGGAAGAACUACCCGGCUGGACACGGACGGUGUUCUCCGCGCGCAUCUCUAAUCCUUGUUUCUUUUCUCUCUUUAUCUCUCUUUCUCUCUCUCUUUCUCUCCUUCUCUAUUCGCUGUGUGCCUGUGUUGCGUGUUGCAUCGACCGCAUCGCCGUGGUGCAUGCAGUACAACAGCUUCGAGCAGCUCUGCAUCAACUUCACCAACGAGAAGCUGCAACAAUACUUCAACCACUUCAUGUUCGUGCUUGAGCAAGAAGAGUACGAGCGCGAGGGUAUCGCGUGGACCUUCAUCGAUUUUGGUUUGGAUUUGCAGCCGACGAUCAAUCUGAUCGAGAAGGUAAAGCGUCGGUCCGUCCAGGACUCGGGCUCGAGCUGGAUCCAGCUGGAUCCGUCGUAACCAGGCUCUCGCUUGACCUAGUAGCUUGCGAGAUUAUUGUUUAAGCUAUUACGUUGUUUGCCUCUGUGUAUAUAUAUAUAUAUAUGUGUGUGUGUGUGUGUGUGUGUGUGUGUGUGUACUUAAUUAUAUAUGCACUUGAUUUCACGAAUGUGUUGCGAGUCUAACGCGCAAUAUUUCAUAAUAAUUUUUACUCACGCGAAAACCCUUUAUAGUAUAGGUACAAAGGGAUACACGCAAAUAAAAUCAGAUUGAUUCGACAAAAACUUCCACAAAAGAGACCGCCAGAAAUUUCACCCGUGUGGAAUGUUUCCUUCCGGUUUGUACUUGUGACUGAAAAAUCACGCGUUAGACUCAGAACAUCGUGCACACGCUGUAACGUGUACUGAAUGAAAGGACCGAUGCGUUGGAGGAGGCGAUCGCGUUCUCAUAGCAAUGAAAUAUCAGUGAGAACGUCAGCAAAGGUCCAAGUUCGCCAAAAUCGCGACGAACUUCACCGACGCAUCGCUCUAAGGAAUCUAAAGAAGUAGAAUUACGAUAACGCAAUACUAAGAGUAGCGUUGGGCCUUCCCUGUACGUGUCCCGUAGUCUGUGCAAGAUUAAUUAUUAAUCGGCAAUUAAUUUGUACGAAUCUUGGCUCACACGAGCGACUUAUUCGCCAAUUUAACUUAACCGUCAAAGAGAACUUAAUUUGUACAUUAAUUAGUCGAUUUAACGAAGUUGGCGAUAGCAAGUAGAUAACAAGAGAGCCUGUCGGCCAAGUAGAGCCAAGUAUUUAGUCUGUUUUUAGUAAAAAGUUGGGACACUAAUAAUAACGAGAGUUCCGCGGUUCCGAAGGUUGCCUUCGUCGUCGCAACUUCAUCGAAGACGAGUUUGUCGAGCAAUGUAACGAAGUGACAUUCGCGUAAUUACUUCGAGAUUCCGUAGAAAGGGUUAAUCUUGGUCAAUGUACAAAAUCAGCAUUACUUUCGCGUAAACGCUACUCUUGGCAAAUGCGAAGUCCACGAGUCGUCGCGGAGACUGACGCGCAACUUUUCUUUAUCUGUUUCCUCGCAA